GUCGGUUAUGGCCUAAAUCUUGGACUGUCCAGACACAAAUCAAAAUCAAACUAGGCUAAACACUCACCUGGCGGCUACCCAUAUGAUCACAUAAUUAUUUGAUGUGCUCAUCUCUGAUAUCCAGCUGAUUGCAUCAUCUAAUGUUGCGUCUGCUUUCAGCUGAAGAGCUUUCAUGGAAGUGAGGUUAGGGUUAUUAACCACGCUGCUGCUUUCGCCACUAGUGUGUCGUCAGCUAGUGAAAGGAAGAUCCAAGUGUUUUAUCUCACGACCGAAAUCAGGUUUAUUGAAUUCAACAGUCACUCAAAAACGUACAUUUAGCAGUCCCUGGGGCACUAAAAAGAAGCAUAGAAACGUUAAGAUAAACUUAGAUUGGUAUACAAUGGGAGAUCCACAGACUGAAGCUGUUCUUGCUCCUUUGCGGGAAAAAGUGAAGGAACAGGGAGACUUGGUACGAUCACUGAAGGCCAACAAUGCCCCUGAGCUGGAUGUCAAAAAAGCAGUCGCAGAGCUUAAAGUUCGGAAAAAAAUUCUUGAAGACAAAGAAUUGGAAUUGGCCCCAGCUAUUACUUUUGAUAGGUCGAAGAUGGAAGAUCUGUUAAAGCGAAGAUUCUUCUUUUGAUCAAUCAUUUUGCUAUAUAUGGAGGUAUCACUGGGCAGUUUGACUUUGGACCCAUGGGAACUGCCCUCAAAGUCAAUAUGCCUGAAUUUUUGGAGAAGAUUCUUCAUAAUUGAGGAACAAAUGCUGGAGGUGGACUGUUCCAUCUUGACCCCUGAACCUGUUUUGAAGUUAGUAAC